CUUUAUCUCCUACUGUCGUUCCCAUUAACACUUUUGUCGUCUUUUCUUUUUGGGAAACGAUUCAACUCAUUUCACUCAUUCACUCACUUCACUCCACCAUUACUACCUUCCUUUCAUUCCCUUUAUUCCACCAUUUUCAAGCUAAGAAGAAGAAGAAGAAGAAGAAGCACAAAAAAACCCUAAUGGAUCUUCAUUUCAUCACCAUUUUAGCUCUCAUUAUCUUCCUUAUAACCCCAAAAGUUGUAUAUGGUGCUUCGUUCACAUUCAUCAACCGGUGUGAUUACACUGUAUGGCCUGGUAUAUUAGCAAAUGCAGGUACUCCUAGUCUGGGAACCACCGGAUUCGAGCUCCCAAAAGACUCUUCUCGUUCAUUCCAAGCUCCGACGGGUUGGUCCGGUCGUUUUUGGGGUCGAACGGGGUGUAAAUUCGACGGAUCCGGCUCCGGAACUUGUCUCACCGGCGAUUGCGGGUCGGGUCAAGUAGAAUGCAACGGACUCGGUGCUGCUCCGCCGGUGACUCUAGCUGAGUUCACUCUUGGAACCACCGGUGGUCAAGAUUUUUACGACGUUAGUCUCGUCGAUGGUUAUAAUAUGCCGAUGAUAGUUGAAGGCCGUGGUGGGUCGGGCCUUUGUUCUUCGACGGGUUGUACGACUGAUUUGAACCGAAAAUGCCCGUCGGAACUACGGGUCGGUGAUGGUGAUGCGUGUAAGAGCGCGUGCGAAGCGUUUGGGAGCCCUGAGUAUUGUUGUAGCGGUGCGUAUGGUACACCCGCCACUUGUAAACCGUCGGUUUAUUCCGAAAUGUUUAAGGCGGCGUGUCCGAGAUCUUAUAGCUAUGCGUAUGAUGAUGCUACGAGUACUUUUACCUGUACCGGUGCAGACUAUACGGUGACGUUUUGUCCCUCCUCUCCUAGUAAAAAAUCUUCCAAAGAUGCUACACCGGUUCCGGCAGUUCCGGAAGAAACUACCCCGACGACAGGUUCAACACCACAAGGAUCAGGGUCGGAAUCGGGGUUAACUUAUUCGUCGACGACAAGUUCAACACCACAAGGAUCAGGGUCGGAAUCAGGGUUAACUUAUUCGGGUAAUGGUUACGAGUAUUCGGAUUCAGGUUCUGGUUAUGGAUACUCAGGUUCAGGAUAUUCGAAUUCCGGCUAUGGAUACUCGGGUUCGGAUUCGAAGUCCGAUCCGGACGGAACCGGUAAAACAAUGUUGACAGAUGGGUCAUGGUUAGCUGGCUUGGCCAUGGGAGAUUCAUCGAGAACAACUCCUUGGAUUCUACAAUAUGCACCAACUUCUCUCCUUUUAAUGUCUACGUUUAUAAUGUAAGGAUCAGUCCUCAAAAUUUUAAUGUAUAACAUGUAACGGUUUUAUUGUGGUUUUAGUCCCUCUAUUUUGGUAA